GAAGAGGGGGUUGGAGAGGCCGAGGCCGUGGGAGAAGCUUUGGCAGAGGUAGAGGCCGAGGUGACUAUAAUGAGGGGCAUGGGAGCUCUAGUGGCAGGGGGAGUACCAGAAUGGAGGGCACCUGCUGGUACUGCAAGAAGGUCGGGCAUCCUUGGUUCAAGUGCUUCAGCAGGCCGGAGGGAUGGUCACCUCCAGGCAUGAAGCCGCCCAGUGGUGAACGCGCACAAGGUGGCGCUGUGCAAGGCUCAGGUGCACAAGGUGAAGGUGCACAAGGUAAUGCCUAUCCUGGGAUGUUUCUCAUGGUUGAGGAUGUGCAUGGGCAUGAGGGUGAUGUGGGAUCUGUGGGAAAGGUUGUGAUGCACCCUCUCACGCACUGGGUGAUUGAUUCGGGUUGCACCAGUCACAUGACCCCACGGGCAGAUUUGCUUGAUGAGGUAAAACCCCCUGGGAAGAUCAAGUAUGUGGCAGCAGCGUCAGGUGCUUUGCUCCCCGUGAUUGGUGUUGGAAUGCCAAGGUUAAGGGAGCUAAUGGGGAGCUUGUGGGGCUUGGGAAUGUUCUGCUGGUUGAAGGCUUGUCUGCUAACCUUCUCUCUGUGCGGCGACUGCAGAAGAGCAAGGCCGAAGUGACCUUUGGACCAACCAGCUGCCGUGCUAAGCUUGGGAAGAAGGUGCUGUGGAGUCUGGAAGAGGAGACCA